AUGAAUUCUCGGGUACAUGGUGGAGGAAAUAUGCAUAGGGAAUUUCUCUUAAGGCAGAAUCCAGGUAGUGCUGGUUGUGGGGGUAUUAUCAGAAAUGAUGCAGGUGGAUUCAUAGUGGCCUUUACAUAUGCAGUUGAAUUCCAUGCACUUGAAAGGGGUAUUGCACUGGCAAUGGAGCUAAAUUAUAAACCUAUUGUCACUGAGAGUGACUCUAAGCUUCUUGUUGAUUUUAUAUGUCAGUGUUGCAGGCCUCAUUGGAGAUUGCGGCUAACAUUGGUGAAUAGUAUAUCUAAGCUUGCAGCUUUUGCCGAUCAACAUUGGAAGGUUCAACACGUUUAUUGGAAGGCCAAUAUGGCUGCAGACUCUUUGACCAAAGCAGCGGUCUCUUUGAAUGAAGCAACUGUGUGGCGUGCUCGCCCUCCUGAUUUUGUAAUGCCUUUUAUUUUAUCUGAUGUUGCUAGUUUUCCCAUGACAAAGGUUGCAUAA